GUAUCCAGAUAUCCCGCACCCUUAAGUGGAGUACCCGUGCUUUCCAGAAUUCAAGAACUCAUUAAUUGAUAAUGCUCUUUCUAUCCCCACCAUGUUUGAAUUUGAUAUUAUCCUUGACAUUCAGAAUCUCGCGAUACUUAGAAUGGCUUUCAUGAUAUACAUAACAUCCCCCUAAAACUAUUUUAGUUUCUAAAAUCCUCUUUAAUUUUUCCUUACUUCCCUCUUUAAAUCCCUUUGAUAGUAAAAUUUAUCUACUUCAAUCACACACUUCUCUUUUUCUUUUCAAACUUGUGUCAUUCUUCUUUCAUUCUUUUAUUGCCAAGUUUUUGCAUAUGCACUCACGGUGUCAGUCACCCAGUUUACCGUGACAGUCUAGUCCAAUGUAUCUGGUUGAAAACAAAUAUUAUAAGUAGGUGAGACCAAUUUUAUUCUUCUUCCAUAAGAAUAUCUUCUUCCGGCGUAGACUGGUCCACUACCAGUGACAAAUGACGAACCACUGAAACAGUGAAUCAAAUGUCACAUUGUCAAAAGGAGAUGACCAAUCCUAGGAAGAGUGGUUUCCAUACUCUAGCCAUGUCCUCCAAACUUGUAAUUGUACUACUGGUUUGUCUUGACUUGGCAGCCACUGAAGAUCUUGGUUUCACCUACAAUGGUUUCCCAUCGGACAGUCUGAGCCUCGACGGCAUAGCAAAGUUCACGCCCAAUGGCCUCUUGGAGCUCACCAAUAACACGGUACAACAACUGGGUCAUGCCUUCUACCCUUGCUCAAUUAACUUCAAGAAUUCAUCAAACACUACUUUCUCCUUCUCCACCACUUUUGUCUUUGCCAUGAUCCCCAAAUAUCCAACCACGGGUGGUCACGGAAUAGCUUUCGUUAUUGCACCAACAAGAGGCCUCCCCGGUGCUCUUCCAAGCACAUACCUUGGUCUUUUCAAUAAGACGAACGAUGGCAGCUCCACUAACCAAGUUGUCGCUGUAGAGCUCGAUACAAUUAUGAACAUGGAGUUCGAUGAUAUUAACAACAACCAUGUUGGGAUUGACAUUAAUGGGUUGAAUUCCAAACUAGCCGAGCCAGCAGGUUAUUAUGCACCUAAUAAUGGUCUGUUCCAGAACUUGUCCCUUAUUAGUGGCCAUCCGAUGCAAAUCUGGGUGGUCUAUGAUGGUGUGGAAAAAGUCAUGAAUGUCACACUAGCUCCUGUUAAUGUCCAGAAACCAAAUACACCACUUCUGUCCUUCUACUAUGAUCUUUCGCCUAUAAUCAACGAAACCAUGUACGUUGGCUUCUCAUCAUCCAGUGGCUCACUCCUAACACUCCAUUAUAUAUUAGGAUGGAGCUUCAAGAUGAAUGGCCAUGCUCAAGGGCUCGACCUCUCUCGACUUCCCAAGCUUUCUCAAAUUGGACCAAAGCAAACCCCUCGAGUUUUGACAAUUGGGAUACCUGUGAUUAGUGUAGUCUUAGUGUUAGCAGUGGUCUCAGGCACAGUUUACUAUGUUAGAAGGAAGGGGAAGUAUGCAGAAGAACUAGAAUAUUGGGAGCUCGCCUAUGGGCAUCAUAGAUUCAAGUACAAAGAUCUAUAUAUUGCUACCAAGGGGUUUCGAGACAAAGAAUUGUUGGGAACUGGAGGAUUUGGAAGGGUCUACAGAGGUGUAUUACCUACCUCUAAAACUGAAAUAGCAGUGAAGAGGGUCUCUCGUGAAUCUAGACAUGGUAUGAAGGAAUUUGUUGCAGAAAUUGUUAGUAUUGGCAGGCUCCGCCAUCGCAACGUAGUACAAUUCUUGGGCUAUUGCAGGCGCAAAGGAGAGUUGCUUUUGGUCUAUGAUUACAUGCCCAAUGGAAGUUUAGACAAGUUCUUGUAUGACCAACCAGAGUUCACCCUGAAUUGGAGCCAGAGAUUUCAAGUCAUCAAAGGUGUAGCAUCAGGGCUUUUCUAUCUGCACGAAGAAUGGGAACAAGUUGUGGUUCACAGAGAUAUCAAGGCUAGUAAUGUCCUGUUGGAUGGAGAAUUAAACGGGAGAUUGGGGGAUUUUGGCCUAGCAAGAUUGUAUCAACAUGGAACUGUUCCUGAAACUACCCAUGUGGUUGGAACAUUUGGGUACCUAGCCCCGGAGCUCACUAGGACCGGCAAAGCCACACCAAGCACUGAUGUGUAUGCUUUUGGAGCAUUUUUGCUUGAGGUUGCUUGUGGAAGACGGCCAAUAGAGCCGCGAGCACCAGCUGAGGAUCUAAUUUUGGUUGAUUGGGUGUUUGCUUGUUGGAGUGGAGGGGAUAUUCUUCGGGCAGUUGAUACAAAAUUGAGUACCAACUAUAUGCCAGAGGAAGUGGAGUUGGUGUUGAAACUUGGCUUGCAGUGCUCUCAUUCAGAGCCGGUGGUUAGGCCAACUAUGCGGCAAGUUGUGCAACAUUUGGAGGGUGACAUUCCUCUGCCAGAGUUGGCAUCGCUCCGUAUAACUGCCGCUGGCCUAACUUUUGCACAUCGUGAAGGCUUCGAUGAUUUUGCAAUAUAGUAUCCAAAUUCUAUGGAGAGAGGCAUUUUCACACUCAUCCUCUGCUGCAGAAUCAGUUCUCUCUGGAGGCAGAUUUGUUUCAGUAAUUAACCUCAUGGACAAUUGAAGUAUUUGGUGAACCAUAGAGGGUGUUUUUUAUUUUUCUUUUUCAUUUUUUUAAUGAGCGUUAGUGCACCUGUCAUAUCAGUAUUGGUGCGAUAUUGAAUUAUGUAGUAUAUCGAAACUCCCCUGGUUUCAAUUAUCAAGGGUCAUUACAUAGUUUCCAAUCCAAUCUCCUACGCACAGGUAAGAGUUACAGACACCAUUUCGUUUGGGAGAAAUUUAGAUCAGUAAGAUGUUCUUGCACACAAAUAAUUGGUAUUUCUCCCUUCCUCCCUCUCUUACAAAAAACCCACCAUCUAAAUUAAAACGGUUCCAAUUUGUAUAUUCUAUUUUUGGGUGGAUCCACAUUUUAUACAUCUUAAAUCGAACUACUGUUAAAAGAGCACAGGAAGGCAGAUCGAUUAUGAUGAUCUACACUGAUGACAUGAGGUGAGAGUUUUACAAACUGGGGGUAGAAAAUUUUACCAAGAA